UAAUUAAGGGUUCAUUAGCCACAAUCACCAUCAUCGUGGUUGCAGGUGCGGCGAGCCCCGUUCGCAGACACGCGCUGUGCGCCCGUGCAAGCCGACGGGGAGGAACGCGGCGGGGACCUUUAUCAUGGCUUCGGGUGGGGCUGGGCACAAUAUGAGCACCAAGGUUAACCGGGAGCUGCUCAAUGAGUCCAUCAAUAAGGUCAUCGAGGAGUCGGCCCGCCGCAACCGCAAGUUCGUCGAGACGGUGGAGAUGCAAAUCGCUCUCAAGAACAUGAAUCCCCACAAGGUCAAGCCCGCCUCCGGAACAUUCAGGCUGAAACACUCCAUGAAGCCCAACUUCCAGGUGUGCGUCAUUGGAGACAAGGAACACUGCGAGGAAGCCCGAGCCAAUGGCGUUGACUUCGUCGACCUGGAGACCGUCCAGAGGAUGAAGAGGCAGCCCAGCUUCGCGAGGAAAAUUAUCAAGAAGUACGACGGCUUCCUCGGGUCGACCACCAUCUUGAACGAAGUCACCAAUGUCGUGGGUCCCAUGCUGAAGAAAAGGGGCAAGCUGCCUUUGCCUCUGCGGCACGGCGAUUGCUUGCCCGAGAAAGUCCACGAGGUGAAGACGACCAUGAGGAUCCAAAUGAAGAGGGUGUUGUGGCUCGCGUUAUCCGUCGGCAACGUCAAAAUGGCGCCCGAAAUGCUUGCCGAGAACAUCAACGAAGCCAUCAAGUCGCUGCUGACGCUGCUGAAGAAGGACUGGCAGAACGUCAAGUCCCUACACAUCAAGUCCACCAUGGGAUCGCCUCAGAGAAUCUACUAAACCUCCCCGCUUGGUGGUGCAGCUGAACAGAAUACAAGAAAGCGGCAAAUAAAGCUGGAGACCCUAAGGCACCACCAACGCGCAAACUUGUUCGGAGUGGUAUUCUGCCUGGGGCCUUGUUCUCGCCAACGGUUAGGGUAUGGUGUUCAAUAUGACACGAGCAACUGUUCCUCCUAAGGAAAUAUCUAGCACUCUCUCUGUGCAGGCAUGUGGUACUAUGUGUUUGUAUGGCAACAUACAGUUUGUAUAUAUAUACAGAGUGCGUAUGAUAAAUCUAGCUUAUAGAUACGGGAAAUAUGGGACACCCACGUGAACUACAGCGUUCCAAAUGUUCAGUUAUCACGGGAAUGCUGCAUGGAGCUAGAAGCUACAAAAAAGACUGCAGAACGCGUUACGUGGCAAUUCUAAAGCGUAGUAAUGUAAAGGAAGACUCGGGAGAAAAAGGCCCUCGUCACGUGCUAUGGUAAACGGUAGCUUCAAGCCGCGUUGCGGAGAGCCCGGCAAGGGCGUGAGUCGCGGGCCAGUCGUUACCCGGGAUUGGCUUGCCAAGCCUAUUGCUGCCGGACGCCAUGCUAUAUCGUUUGCCUUUUCUUGCUUAAUGGAAGACUAUAUUACGCGGAGUUUCUUGCGAUUUGGUAUGAAUUUGUUGCGAAAGCACUUUGUAGCUUAUUUUAUUCUUUCGUGCGGCACAGCUGUGUCGCUGGUUAGCCUCACAAUGACACAUUUCAGAAUACGUGCCUUCCAGUCUACGUAACUCAUAGUUCGUUAAGUAACACUGGGUUUAUUGGUCUUCUCCCGGGUUCACGUACGCUAUGUGAAGGUGGCGUUAGAAAGGAUGCAGAUCCUCCGUAAUGGCCGUCAGUUGUGGUGCUGGCUAACGCUGCAAGGGCUUGAUCUAUAGUACGCAUAUAAUACCCAAGAAAGUGGUUGCGGAAAACGGCGCCUCAGAAGUUCAGUCGGUAAUGCAAAGGCGUUGGUUCGGAUCCCACCGGCGGCAAGUAGUUUUUUCGUCCAUUUUCAUUUCCCUGUAUUUUGUGAUUUCUACGUUUUCAUAAAAAACAAAUCACUUACCCUAUGCUUUCCUUGGUUUUACUGCCUGUUGU